AUGACAUUAGUGUCAAAAGCUGACCCUUUGAGGUACAUUCUAUCAAAACCCGUGUUGUCUGGACAAUUGGCAAAAUGUUCCAUGAUUUUGUCAGAGUUUGAAAUCAACUUUGUCCCACAAAAAGUAAUAAAAGGACAAGCAUUGGCUGAUUUUCUGGCAGCGCAACCGAUUCCAGACAAUAUGGAGUUGCGUGAGGACCUUCCAGACGAGGAAGUUUUCACAAUUGAAACCUCAUCUUGGCAACUUUACUUUGAUGUGGCAGCAAAGAAGUGUGGGAUAAGUGCUGGCAUUGUCUUUGUGAUGCCUUCUGGAGGACUGAUACCUUACUCUUUUCACAUUCUGGCUAUAUGUACCAAUAAUGUAGCAGAAUAUGAAGCGUUAAUAAUCGGUCUCAAAAUUGCACUUGAAAUGCAAAUACAAUCACUGAAGGUAUAUGGUGAUUCUCUUCUGAUUAUCAAACAAAUUAAUGGUGAAUUUGCAGUCAAGCAUGAGGCUUUAAUUCCUUAUCAUGAGAAGGCUAAGCAUUUGAUUGCUCAAUUCCAAACUAUCACGUUAAAUCAUGUCCCUAGGUCAAAAAAUGGCAAAGUUGAUGCUUUAGCUAAAUUAGCUGCAUCACUAACGCUUCCUAGCGAAAGGGAUAUUCAAAUUACAAUAGGAGAACGCCAUUUGUUACCCCAAAUUAUAGAUAGAUGUCUUUCAAAAGAAGAGGCAUCACGUGCUCUUCAAGAAACUCAUGUUGGUACAUGUGGUCCGCACCAAGCCGACCCCAAAUUGUCAGCUCAAUUAAAACGGUUGGGUUACUAUUGGCCUACUAUGGUCCAAGAUGUGAUUAAUUUCGUCAAAUGUUGCACGUUGUGUCAACUACAUGGAGAUUUUAUCCAUCAACCCCCUCAACCACUUCAUCCUUCAAUAUUGUCAUGGCCUUUUGAAACAUGGGGAAUGGAUGUCAUUGGUCAUUUCACGCCACCAUCUUCCAAAAUCCAUAAAUACAUCAUGGCCAUUAUAGAUUACUUCUCCAAGAGGUCUAAAGUUGUACCCUUAAAAGAAGUACGUGCAGAAGAUGUCGCCAACUUCAUAAGAACUCACAUAAUUUAUUGUUAUGGGGUUCCAUCAAAAAUUACAUUAGAGAAUGCUCUUUACUUCAAAUGUAAGACACUUGUCAAACUAAUGGAGAAGUACAAAUUCAAGCAUAGUUUUUCAACCAGUUAUAAUCCUUCUUCAAAUGGCCAAGAAAAAGCAUUUAACAAAGUGUUAUGCAAAAUCUUGAAGAAGAUGGUAACCAAGAACAAAAGGGAUUGGCAUGAACGCCUCCUAGAAGCUUUAUGGGCCUACAGGACCACUGUAAGAACUGUCACUGGUUGUACACCUUAUAGCUUGGUGUUUGGGUCUGAAGUAGUGUUACCCUUGGAGGUUCAAAUACCUUCAUUAAGAAUCGCUACUUAA